AUGAACAAUCUGGAAAGGUGGAAUGAGUUACAAAAGAUUACGAUAAUCCGAGUGAUAUGUUCAAUUCAACUACUCUCAAUGAUAGCUGUGACGGCACAUUCAACAGCAAUGCCGUUUUUAGUGAGGAUAGCAAAUAAGACACAUUUCUUCCCGACAACUUCAGUAUUUAUGAUGGAAGUUUUGAAGUUAAUAUUCUGUUUGGUUAUCACGUUAUUCAAGACUGGAAGUGUGAAGAGGUGA